GUACACUUGACAUUGAAGCGCUCCAGAGGCAAAACCGCACGCAAUUCUGCAGUCCAGGCGCGCAGGAGGCGUCUUUGUACGCCGUUUAUGAUGGAUUAGCGACAAAACACCUGUUAAAGUCGUUUUAGAGAAGUAACAGAAUACGCUUUCUGUUGGCGUAUUAGUGCCAAAGGUGUAAAUAGAGUCGCACUUUCAAGACUCGCUUGCGUCCACUUAGACUUUUGGACAGUGCCGAAUCUUUAUAGCCGUUCUGAGGAGUUUCUUCCCUCGUGAGUCUCCAAACGCGCGUGACGUGUAAGUACUUGCUGCAUAAUUGCUGAUGGAUGAACAAUCCCACACAGUGUCACUUUGGGGGACCAAGUGAAAACCCGAAAGGAUGUAGUUUUGGAAGAGAGCACCUGAGGGGAGCCACUGGAUCUGAAGAAUAAACUUCGUAAGGCAACUUUGCUUACUUUCCAAGCCGUAAAGACGCAUCGAGCCAUGGGUUGAAAGAGACUUGUGCACGGUGGGGAUCUUCAGUGUGGGAAGGAGAAUAAUCUUCUGAGUUAUGUAAUGAUUGACACUGCCUGAUCAUUACUGAUAGAUCAUAAAUAUAAAAGGCCACUGUGUAUGUUUGGAAGACUGCUGAAGGAUGGAUUGACUCAUUAUUUUAGACAUCCUAUCAAGUACAGUUAAUACCCUUUCAUAGACUUGAGUUUUAUUAUUUUCUUCAAUGUAAAAGUAAUGAUGGCUGGCACUAUUCAACCAUUCCAAGCUGAUUUGGAAUGCUCCUGGCAGCAGGAAAUAAGAAAAUCUACAGUUUUACUCAGCUUGCUUUUAAACGUUGAACCUUCUUUUCUGCAUGGCAACACCUCAAAAGGCUCCUAAGAUGCUCUAAUGCUCAUGUCUGCCCUCCCAUUUGACGAUAUGUAGUCAUCCUGACAUCUUUCUUCUCUGUGACCUCCUGUUUUUUGAGCAACUGACACUAAUAGUUCAUCUUAUUCAGAGCCUUCAUUGGUUCCUCCCUCCCCCCAACUCAUCAGGGCUGGUGGGGGGGGUGGAUCGCGGCCCCUUCGGGUCAAAGCGGCGGUGGAAGUUUCCACCGCCAAAGGCAGGGCUUCUGCCAUGGAAGCCAGCCCAGAGAGCCCCAACCGGGCCGUGGAGUACCUCCUGGAACUCAAUAACAUCAUUGAGAGCCAGGCCAAGCUCCUGGAGACCCAACGGCGGCGCAUCGAGGAGCUGGAAGGCCAGCUAGACCGGGUCAGCCAGGAGAACCAGGGCCUGAGGCAGGAUCGCAGCCCUCGGACCCCCGGCCUGGAACAGAACCACAAUCACAGCCAGCCUCUGUCGCUCCCCAUCCAUCAUGAGGGGGACGGCAGCGCCUCCUCAGCUCAGACCAAAGCCGGGUCCGCCACCACACCGGGGUCAAGGGAGAGGAGGACCCACACCAGGCUGACCCGCGGUCUUUCCUGUGGUUCGUCUACCACUGAGCGAGAACGCCUUGAACGCACCGACAGCACAGACACCAACACCAGCGCCACCAUUCGCAGAAAUGUGGAAGUAGAGUCCCAAUGUCCGGGGGAGUCUGGAACCCACAAAGAUACCUCUUUCAGCCAGGCAUCUUACCUGCGAAGCUCCGAGCGCUACAGUGACAGCAGCAGUGGUUUAAUCUCCUCUGGCUCCAGGGGCCCUACAUGUGUGUCUGCCUCCAGUUCAGCCAGCCUGGCCUGGGCGCUACGAACGCGGCACCAACCUGCCAGCCUAGCCCUUCGCAAGCAGGAGGAGGAAGAGAACAAGAGAUGCAAGGCUCUCUCAGACAGUUACGAACUCUCAACAGAUCUGCAGGAUAAGAAGGUGGAAAUGCUGGAAAGAAAGUACGGGGGCUCCUUUGUGAGUCGCCGGGCAGCCAGGACCAUUCAGACGGCCUUUAGGCAGUAUCGCAUGAACAAGAACUUUGAGCGCCUCCGAAGCUCAGCCUCUGAGAGUCGAAUGACACGUCGCAUCAUCUUGUCCAACAUGCGGCUUCAGUAUUCCUUUGACGAGCGCCAGCCUCAACAGCAGGCCCAGACACAGACCAACUUCACCCACAGUGUGGCUAUAGGACCUCCUCAUUCCCCCGACCCUGACCGUCCGGGAGACUACACACACUUGGAGGACUCCUUCUCUAAACAGGUUAAGUCCUUAGCUGACUCCAUAGACGAUGCCCUGACCUGCCGUGCAGGUCGCAGUGACUCCCAGGAAGGCAGCAAGGAGGGUGGUGGUCUCAGUGAAGAUUUUGGGGAGUGUGUGUGGAGCAGCAGCAGCAACCCAUCCUCUCAAAGAGGCCUAGGUGAAAGAGCCAGAGGAGUCGUAGGACUCAGCAUGCACGGAGACAGUACGGCUACCUCAUACAGUGAUGUCACGCUUUACAUGGAUGACGGCAUGCCGUCCUCCCUGCUCUCUCCAGACCGGGCACCCAGUAGCACAGACACAGAGUACUGGGGACCUGGUGGUGGUGUCGGAGUGCGUGAGGAUAGCAGGGACACAGAGGGAGGUGGCAGCAGUAACAGCCGACGCAGUACACCUUGCACAGAGUGUAGGGACUAUCGUCUAAGGGGUGCACACUUGCCUCUCCUUACUAUUGAGCCACCAAGUGACAGCUCAGUGGACAUGAGUGACCGUUCAGACCGAGGUUCUCUAACCAGACAACUAGUCUAUGAGCAGGAUCCUGGAGUGGGGGCUGGCUCUCCUCAGGGAACCCUUAAACACUCCCCCAACACAGGUGCACGCUCGCCCUCCACAGCAGCCGCUCAGGGUCAGAUCAGAGCGCCUGGUAGAGCCAUCCCCACGCAUAUACCUCACCAGGUGGCCUCACACCACCACCACCACCACCAUCACCACCAUCCCAUCCAUCACCAUCAGUACCCUGACACACCCUCGUCCUCUUCAUCACCUCAGCAGCCCCCCACCACCCCUCUGUCAUCAUCAUCCUCCACAGCUCUGCCUUCUGGAGGGCUGGAGCAGCCGUGUUGCUCAGAUGGAGACAACGAUUCUCUCAAUUCCACCACCAACUCCAAUGAGACGGUCAACUGCAGCUCCGGUUCCUCGUCUCAGGACAGUCUACGGGAACCUCUGCCCCCUCUAGGCAAGCAGACGUAUCAGCGGGAAAGCCGCCAUAGUUGGGAUUCUCCACCCUUCAACAGCGACGUAGUGCAGAGACGCCAGUACCGCAUAGGUCUCAACCUUUUCAACAAGAAGCCAGAGAAAGGGAUCCAGUACCUGAUUGAAAGAGGGUUUGUGUCUGACACUCCUGUUGGGAUUGCUCGAUUCAUCCUGGAGAGGAAAGGUCUGAGCAGGCAGAUGAUCGGCGAAUUCCUGGGAAAUCGGCAGAAGCAAUUCAACAAAGAUGUUUUAGACUGUGUGGUUGAUGAGAUGGACUUUUUGGGAAUGGACCUGGAUGAUGCUCUGAGGAAGUUUCAAGCUCAAAUCAAAGUUCAAGGAGAAGCACAAAAAGUGGAACGACUCAUUGAGGCUUUCAGCCAGAGAUACUGUGUGUGUAAUCCUGUCCUGGUACGGCAGUUCCAGAACCCCGACACUAUCUUCAUCUUGGCCUUUGCUAUAAUCCUCCUCAACACAGACAUGUACAGUCCCAAUGUCAAAGCAGAGAGGAAGAUGAAACUCGAGGAUUUCAUCAAGAAUUUAAGAGGCGUAGAUAAUGGUCAAGAUAUUCCCAGGGAUCUGCUUGUAGGAAUCUAUCAGCGAAUACAAAAAUGGGAGCUGCGCACCAAUGACGACCAUGUGUCCCAAGUGCAGGCAGUGGAGAGAGUCAUUGUGGGCAAGAAACCUGUGCUGUCCCUUCCCCACCGUAGGCUGGUGUGUUGCUGCCAGCUUUAUGAGGUGCCUGACACUAACAGACCUCAGAGAACGGGAGUGCAUCAGCGGGAGGUCUUUCUCUUUAAUGACCUUCUAGUGGUAACCAAAAUCUUUCAGAAGAAGAAAACCUCAGUGACUUACAGUUUUAGACAAUCUUUCCCUCUGGUUGAGAUGCAAGUGCAUUUGUUCCAGAACUCAUACUAUCCUCAUGGUAUCCGCCUGACCUCAGCCGUCCUGGGCGGAGAAAGAAAAGUUCUUAUCAUCUUUAUGGCCCCCAGUCAGCAAGACCGCACACGCUUUGUUAGUGACCUCAGGGAGAGCGUUGCUGAAGUGCAGGAGAUGGAGAAAUAUAGAGUUGAAUCGGAGUUGGAGAAGCAAAAAGGUGUGAUGCGUCCCAGUUUGCUCACUGGAGGUGUGGUUGGUGGAGCUGGUGUUAAGAGUGAUGUUGUGAAUGGUACCUUGGGAAGGACAAGUUUUGAUGACAACUGCGAAGGUCUCAAACGCACCGCACUCAGCUCAUCGCUCAGGGACUUAUCGGACGCAGGGAAGCGUGGUCGCAGGAACAGCGUUGGUUCUCUGGACAGUACCAUGGAAGGAUCCAUCAUUAGCAGUCCACAGCCUCACCAGCGCUAUCCAGUACCAGGUGUGGUCCCUGGCUGCUACGGAACAGAAGACUUCCGGCCUCAUCGCCCCAUCCUGAGCCCCGGAACGGGGAUGGGGGGUGGGCCGGGGCAGCAACAUACCACUGCUGGGACUGGAGUUGGGGGCGUCCCCAGCAGUGUAGAGAGACCAGGAGCGGGGAGCGGCCCUGGGGGGAACAGCAACAACAGCGGUUCCUUCUUGGGCUCACUAUUCGGCAGCAAGCGCGCCAAACCACCAGGGCCCCUUAUUCCACCGGGGCCACCCUACCCCGCACCUGUCCCCCCACCAACGACGGGAGGGCCCCCUCCUCACUCCCCUUCAUCCCUGUGCCAGCAGUUGGACGGGGGGCCUUCCAAAAUCCAGGCGCUGCACGCACAGUACUGUCACGCAGCUACAGUGCAGCCCCCACCACCUUAUUAUCACCACCAUCGUUACCACUUCCAAAAUGUCCCUCCACCUUUGCAAGGGGUGCCCACUCAUACUAUACAGAGAGGCCUGCAACCCUGUCGUCCAGCCCUUGGCCCCCCACACGUCACCCACCCGCAGCUGGCCCAUCUCUCCCAGCUCUCACAGCAUGGGCUUCCGGGUCGCUACACCACUAUGGUGGUGGGAUGCCCCCCCCUUUCUCCUCUCUCCCAGCAUUCCCCGAACCCACAGUUUGCCCUGUACCACGUGCAACCCACACACUCUAUCAGAGGGGGCAGCGGCCCUGUUACCAAACCUCCCCUAACCUUGUCCCACUCCCAUCCGCACCCCCACGCCCACUCUCAAACCCACCCCGGGCACGUGCACACACCACACCCAGCCAGCCACUCCACCCACCAAACACACUUCAUAUUCGGCACUCUGCCCCACAAUCUACCGUCCGCUACCGUCAACGCACAUCACACAGCCUCCGCCGGCCCGUAUCUGCCCCAGUACCCUCCUCUUUCUUCGAUCCCCCCUCCCCCACCACACUCCCCUUUACCCCCCCCUUCGUCCCCCCUUACCCCUCUUACACCUCUCUCCCCUCUCCCCCCCCAGCACCCCGGGCAGCCUCAGCCGGGGCCGCCGGUGACGGGGGCUGGAGCGACAGGUACAGGGGGCAGCUCCAAAUCCAAACCUAUCAACCGGAUAAGCACCGUAGUGUGAGCAGGAUGUGGGCCGCCCGGAGUCAUAGGUCAGAUGAUAGAGUGCAGGAGGUCAGCAGAGCGAGGGCGAGGGCAAGGUCUGCCAGGACGGAAAGUAACAGUAGCAGCGCAGUUGACAAGAGGAAACGCAGUUUGCUCCGUCUCUGUUACUUUCACCUGCGUUUCCCACAUAUGUAAACUGGGGGAUUGCCAAAUUGCAAGUGCACAUCACAUGAACACUGCACACACAAUCAGAAGUCUAUAGCCAUAUAAUUUAAGAUAAAUUCUAUAUCUUGGUACUGCCUCAGUUUUACCUGUUUGAAGUUUAGACUAGUAUAAGUGAGUAUUUAUAUGUAUGAAAAAUGACAACCAUACGGUACAUCCAGCUGUUUACAUUGAGGAUCCCAGCAAAGACGAUUCCACCAAAUACAGUACAGUCCAGCAAAGUUUAACAUUAUAAACAGCGACAUUGCAAAAACUGUCACUUGCCUCUGCAAUAAUUUCCUUAGCUCCAUGAUGUCCUCAUUCACUUCAGUGUCUACUUUGCAAACAGUAUUGUUUUAUUUCUAAAGAUGACCUCAGAUUUGUUGCUGUGUGCUAUCUUUUUUAACACCGGUCCUUUGCUUCAUGGUUUUUCACAUGUCAACAGAAGCCAUCUGGCUUCAUAAUGCAUUCCUUCAGAGUUUGGGAAACUAAUUAUAUACAUCAACAAUCUAUUGUGAAUGUUUUUGAAGCUUCUUGCUGUUUUAUCAAUAUUAUAUUAUAUCUGCUAUGAGUAUGAUGAAUAGUGUCUGUCUAAUUGUUUGAUUAGUUUGUAAAUGUAUCAGCAUAUGUUUGUACAGGGUUGUAAAGUGUCGAAUACACAUUCCUACAGGAAAGUGCUUUGAGCUGAAGUACAAUUCACAUCACUUUCACCCUUUAUCUAAUAACAUGAAAUAUCAGUGACAUUUUGUUCAAACCGACAGCAUUUCUCCAUUUUGGUUUUGUUUGUUGGAAGGAAGAAAAACGUACAAUUCUCCCAUUGUUGAAAACGACAUCGUGUUCCAAUGUUUGUGGAGCUUUAGAAAGAUGUUGUUCCUUUAUCAAUAUACAAAGCAAGUCAACUCACUCUUUCCUGCUCAUCACAUUUAUCAUUGGGUGUUUAGAUAUGUUUUGAAGAAACACGCUUUUACAGGAGGCUUUGUGGUUUUUGCACGUGAUGUCUUAAGUCAGAAAUGACCUUCAUCUUACCCUCACCCCUCCUGCCACUUUUUAAGAACUCUCUUACUACAUUUUCUGAUGCUUUGGCAUCCCGCUGAGGGCUUCUUGUGUAAAAAAAACAAAAAAAACAACAAUAAUUAAGAAUGUAAAACAGCCGACAGAUACAUACUGUAUUCCUUGUUAUUCUGUGGGCAUCGUGUACCUUUCGCGACUGCAAUAUUUUGAAUUGUGAGUACUGACAUAGUUACCUACAGUACCAGCUAAUAUCAAGAGAAACAAUUACAUAUUCUGAUUAAUGAGCAGAGAAGUGAGGACAAAACAGUGCCAGUCUUUGGAAUUAAGCAACUGAAAGAAAAAUUGAAAGUCUGAAUACACAAAAAAAGGAUACAAAGGAGGUUUGGAGAAAGUCCAGAAUGUGAGAUGAAGGUUUUGUAUGUGUUGCCUAGCCUUUUUCUUCUAUGGUGUCAUUUUUGACUCUUCUUGCAUGAAUAUAUCUGCACUUAUUGAAUAGAUUGUACUGUAUAAACCUGAAUGUAAAUAAUAUACAAUUAUAUUAUCAGCCAUGGGACAAGGUGCUCCCAGUCUGUAUUCAGGUGCGUGCAUGUGAGUGCCAUGACAUAGGCGUAUGUACAUACGUAUGAGGAACAGAAAAUGUUGUCCAAAAGGAAUAUAUAUUUGUUUUUCCUUCCUUAUUCUUUAUGACUGAAGGUGAGCGAAUGAAUUAGAGUGAUAAACAUGACAGCUUAAUGUUUGUGCUUAUAUGUUAUAUGCACUUAUUGAUAUUAUUUUUAACAAUUCAGUUCCAUUUUCUGUUGUGAAUCUAUUAUGUGUGCCAGAGGAAUAGAUUUGAUAUGUGAAUAUUUAUUGCUUCUGAUCAAUUAAAGUGUCCUUGCAGUGACA